AUGGGAAAGUCCAANUCUGAACCUCAUUCCUUGAAAUAUCUGACGGACAAGGAAAGUUUCCAACUUUUGGAAAUAAGAGUUUUUGGCAGUAAUAUUCGAAAGUGUCCAGAAGAUUUAAUAGCUUAUGGAGAAAAUAUUGCUAUACAAUGUAAUGGAUUGCCACUUGCUGUAGUGGUAAUUGCAGGAGCUCUAAAAGGACGUACAAGCGAAAGAGUGUGGCAAAUGGUUAAAGAAAAUGUAGGAAAGCACCUUAUAAAUAAGGAAGACCCUAAAAGCUGCUUGAAAUAUGUGGAAAUGAGUUAUGGUCAUCUGCCCGAAGAUAUGAAGGCGUGCUUCCUGUAUUGUGGCGCUUUUCCACAAGGCUUUGAAAUCCCUGCUUGGAAGUUGAUCCGCUUGUGGAUUUCCGAGGGACUGAUAAACUCCAACUUAGAUGGCAAACCCGAGGAUAUAGCAGAUUUUUACUUGAACGAACUUGUCAACAGGAAUUUAGUGAUUGUAAUGCAGAAAAGGGUAGACGGUCAAGUAAAAACAUGUCGUCUUCAUGACAUGUUGCACCAGUUCUGCAAGAUGGAAAAUGGAGGUCUUUUUAAAGAAGUAUGUGAAAAGACUGAUCAACCUGGUACUCUUAUUAUACCAGAUCUAGAUACUUCCCGUCGAUUGUGUAUUCAACUCUCUCUUUUGAGAUCUUUUAUCUCCAAAGGACCAUCUGCUGAGCAUGUUAGGUCUUUCUUAUGUUUUUCUACAAAACAAAAAGAAAGUGAGCAGCUUGGUAAUAUCCGACUCCUCCACAAAGCAUUUCCACUGGUUAGGGUCUUGGAUGUUGAAUCCCUCAAUUUCACUUUCUCAAAGGAUUUUCAAGAGCGAUUUCAUUUGAGGUACAUAGCUAUCUCAGGUGACUACCACGCUCUUCCGCCCUUCUUUGGUAGGUUUUGGAAUUUACAAACUCUUAUUGUUAAUACAAAAGCACCCUCCAUUGAAAUAAAGGCAGACAUAUGGAACAUGCUACGGUUGAGGCAUCUGCACACCAAUGUCCCUGCAAAAUUGCCACCUGCUACGCAAACAACAGAAGAAUCUUCAUGCCUACAAACUCUGUCUAAAGUUGCACCAGGAAGCUGCAGAGAAGAUGUGCUUGCAAGGGCUUGUAAUCUCAGAAAAGUGAGUAUUCAAGGGGAAAUGGCUGAUUUUCUUGAAAUUAACAAGGGUGGGUUCAACAACUUUCGAAAACUAAAGUGCCUGGAGCAAUUGAAGCUGUUGAAUGAUGUUGGCAUGUCCAAGAGCAAAGUUCUUCAACUUCCUCCAGCAUUUCUUGAGUUUCUACGCAAACUGAAGAAGUUAACUUUGUCAAAUACAAAGUUUGUUUGGAGUGAUGCGAAUGGACUAGGGCGGUUGGAAUGCCUUCAGGUCCUAAAGCUGAAAGAAAAUGCAUUUAGUGGGACGGCCUGGGAUUCAGAAGGUUUUAGCCAACUCAAGGUAUUGUGGAUUGAAAGAGCAGAUUUUACAAAUUGGAGAGCUUCAAACCGUUCAUUUCAAAGACUUAAGUACCUUGUUCUAAUAUCAUGUGAUAAGCUUGAGGCUGUGCCAUUUGAGUUUGCUGGUGUAAGUAGCCUUCAAGAGAUGACACUGGAGAACACAAAGAAGGCAAAUAAAUCUGCAAAAGCUAUAGAGGGCAGGAAGACAAAGAUGCAGGAACUCAUGCGAAAAGUUGCAGAAAAAAAAUCUGGAACAGAUAGUCAAGCUCCAGAGAGUUUCAAAUUCAAGCUCACUAUAUUUCCCCCCGAAUCAGCUGAUUGCGAAACCACAGAGUGAAGUUGAAAAAGGAGAGCAUCAGGACAACAUUGUCCUUCCUGAGAGGGUAAUGAAGUAUUUGAUAUGGUGUGCAUUUCAUGUUUUUCUCAUCUAAUGAGAUUGUUAUAUUAAAAAAACCAGUUUAUCUUUUUAAAUUUAUGGAAGCAUUGUGAAGUUUAAAAUUAGUCUCUAUGUGAUUUUGGAGAAGUUAAAUAAACGUGUUCCACUAUCGGCUUGGAUUCUGUAGCAUUUCAAGUAAUCCGAUCAUGUGGGGUGUUUUCUUUCUCAGUUGUAAAAUUGUUUGCAUGUUUCCUAUUCUGUUAUGGUUGUAUUUGCUUUGUUUCAAGUAUUUAUGUUUUGUUGAAAGACAUAUUAUUACAGCCAAAUAAAGUCUUGUGUGUCUGUCUGUCUU